GGGGCCGGGGAGCUGCCCACCCUCACCCCGGCGGGGGGACCCCCUCGGGAGGAGCAGCGUCCCCUCAAACAGUCUCUGAGCAGUUCCCUCUGCCGAGAGUCCCACUGGAAAUGUUUGGUCCUCACCCUGCUGAUGUUCGGCUGUUUCGGGGUGAUGGCUUGGUGUCGCCUUUCGACGGUGACCCGGCUGAACUACGAGGGAUCCUACCAGGACGUCUCGAUGGUCUACCAUGACAGCCCGUGCUCGAACGGCUACAUUUACAUCCCCUUGGCAUUCCUGGGGAUGCUUUACGUGGUGUACCUCGUGGAGUGCUGGCACCGCUUCGCCAAGGGGCAGCGCCAGUACCGGGUGGACACGGCCAGCGUCUACGAGAAAGUCCAGCGCAUGCAGCAGGCCACCCCCUGCAUCUGGUGGAAAGCCAUCAGCUACCACUACAUCCGGCGCACCCGGCAGGUCACCCGCUACCGCAACGGCGACGCCUACACCACCACGCAGGUCUACCACGAGCGUGUGAACACCCACGUGGCCGAGACGGAGUUCGACUACGCGGGCCACGGGGUGAAGGACGUCUCCAAGGAGCUCCUCGGCCUCUCCGACUACCCCGUCACCAAGCUGCGCUUCACCAAGUGCUUCAGCUUCGCCACAGGGGAGGCCGAGGCGGCCUACCUCACCCAGCGGGCCCGGUUUUUCGGCGAGAACGAGGGGCUGGACGAUUACAUGGAGGCCCGCGAGGGGAUGCACCUGAAGAAUGUGGACUUCAAGGAGCACAUGCUGGUCUUCCCGGACCCCGGGCGCCCACCCUGGUACACACGCCGCUGGGUCUUCUGGCUGGCCUCGUUCCUCCUCCUCUCGUGGCCGCUGCGGGUGCUGUCCGAGUACCGCACGGCCAACGUCCACUACCACGUGGAGAAACUCUUCGGGGCGGACGACGGGCCCAGCCCGCUGGACGCCUCGGGGGCCUACGGGCGCCGCAUCUCCCGCGUCAACACGGUGGACAUGACGGAGCUGGAGUGGCAUAUCCGAUCCAACCGGCAGCUGGUGCCGAGCUACUCCGAGGCGGUGCUGAUGGACUCCACCGUGGUGGCCGGCGCGGCCUACCUCCGCAGCUGCCAGCGGUGUCGGCGCUCCGUCAGCAGCAACUCCCUCCCCUCGCGGGGCGCCCGGGCCCUUUACAGCCGCCUCCCCUUCAGCUGCAGCCGCUUCUCGCUGGGAGGGGGCCGCCGGUACGGGGGCCUCCUGCGCAGUCUGAGUGGUAGCCACGUCAGCAGCCACGUCGAGACCGAGCCGCUGGAGAGCCCCCCCUGCUACCAAGACGCGCUAUACUUCCCGGUGUUGAUUGUACACGGAGGCGAGGGGUGCCACCGGCCGGGCCCCGCAGGCAGGGCGUCAGGGACCCCGCUGUGACCCGAGACUGGACGGGGAGGGGGGGUUUAGGCCUUCGCUCCGCCCCGUGGCAGAAAACGCACCCACUUCCAACCUUAAUUCCCUUUCCCGGGUUCAGAACCAUACACUAGGUGAUGAUUGUCGGCCCACCGUCUGCCUGUACCCCAAAUUUUAUUCUCUGAAGAAAGAGAACCACUGGCUUCCCCCCACUUUUUAAAAAAUUCAACCCCGGG